AUGGCUUCUUUCAGUAGUGCAGCUCUAGAGAAAAGGUUAACUGAAUUAUCGAACUCGCAACAGAGUGUACAAACUCUAUCUCUAUGGAUGAUGCAUCAUAGAAAACAUUCAAAAGCUGCUGUUGAAGUCUGGCAUCAAGAAUUUCAGAAAGCCAGAACUAAUAAAAGAUUAAGUAUGCUAUACGUUGCCAAUGACGUAUUGCAAAAUAGCAAGAGGAAGGGAGCUGAAUUUGAUAGCGAAUUCUAUAAUAUUCUACCGGAUGUCUUUCAGCAUUUUGCAAGGGAAGAUAGUGAUUCUCAGGGAAUAAAAGCAGCAGAGCGUGUCUUAAGUAUAUGGGAAGAGCGUGUGGUAUUCGACGGCAAAUAUGUUGAGAAACUUCGGCAUAUUCUUAGACCACAAUCAACUGAAAUCGCUAAAACUAGCUCCUCUCAUAAUGAGCCGGAGAGAAAGCGAAAAAGGAUAAGUUCGCCUAAUACUGGAUCUGGUGUAUCUGGACCUGAGCCUACGAUUGAAGAGUUGGUGCGUUGCUUAAGCGAUUUAGAGCAGUCUGCUUCGGGCGACGUUGUAAUCAGAAAGAAAAUUAGUGAACUACCAAAAGAAUUCGAGGACGUUGGUAGUGUUGAUAGCAUACAAAGUAAAGCGGAAGCAGAGAAACUGCUAAAAAAAGUUGACGAAGCUGUGCUCCUUCUCGCUGAUUACAAUGGACGUCUAACUGCGGAACUAGAAGAUCGAGCUCAAGGUUUACGAAAAUUAGACGAAUUAAUUACUAUACAUCAAGCAGAAUUAGAAAAAACAGAAAAAGAACUGGAAAAGUGUAAAACAAAAUUAGCAACUACUGCCAAAGUCAAGAAGGAAUUAAAAAUUCACAUAGAAAGCUUGCCAGAUCUAAGUUUGUUGCCUGAUGUAACUGGCGGAUUAGCACCACUUCCGGCUGCGAACGAUCUCUUUUCAAGUUCUUAA